GGAAAUGAACCAACAGAAAACGACAACCGAGAAGCAGUAGAAGAAGAAGAAGCGGAAACCGGAAGUGUUGAGGCGGAAAGCGGAGUGAAGACCUGUAUAGAGAGAGAAACUCAUAAUCAGACAGACGCACAGGUUAGUGUUUGUCCUCCCCAGCGUCUCGCUAUGGCGGAGGACGAGCAUCUCUCAGCCGAGGACUACGCCGCCGAGGCCAUGGCUGCCGACAUGGACCCCUGGAUCGUCUUCGACACCCGCAAAACGCCCCGAGCCGAGUUCAGCAGCUGGCUGGAGUCCAACCGGCCCUCGCAGGUCAGCCGCUGUGGGGCCGGGGGGCCGGUGGGCUGGAUCGCGGUGCGCGGGCCGCAGUACUGGGAGGACGCCGGAGACGUGGAGGGGCUGCAGGACAGCUGGGAGACACUGCAGGAGAGCGGGCGCAGCGUCAGCUUCCACACCAUCAGAGAGCUGGCGCUCAAUCACAGCGUGCUCUACGGCAAGUGACUGAUGCACCUGGACACGGGCUUCAAGGUGGACCGCGCCUGGGAGAGCAUCGCCAGAGCCGCGCUCGACGGCAAGAUCGACUCGGCCAGAGUGAGUCCCAGAGACCCGCGCUCCGACUCCAGACACGUCAUCUGCGUCUACAACCAGAACUUCACCGACGAGGAGCAGGUGAUGCGUCUGGACGCCGUCAUCCGCGCCGCCGGCGUCAAGUGCGUCCUCUACUACAAACCCGACGUCUACUCGUACCUGGGCAUCUACCGCAACAACCGCUGGAAGAUCUGCCCCACCAUCUACGAGAGCAUGUUCGACCUGGAGAGCGUUCCUCGCCGCUCGCACAUCAUCAACAAGGUCACCAGCCAGGAGCUCACGUGAAGCUGUUCGUUCCUGACACUCUUGGAGGAGAUCGGUCUCGUAGAAACGUUCUGUUAUCCAGCGAUGACUGCAUGUGAACACAGCCCAAACGUUCAAGGGCUUUGAGAUUUUUGAGUUUUUCCAUUUAAAACGUCUUUUAUAUUUAACGAGGCUGGUUUUGUUCAUUCGUUCGUUUUGCCAAAUAAAUCCGGGGCAUUUCAAACGGUGUUGCUCUGUGAGAUAAAGCAGUUGCUCGCAUUCAUUGCAGCUCACAUAAUAACAACAACACAAAAGCGUGUUUCGUUAGUGAUCCUCCUCGAAUCGUGCCAGA